AUGAAUGACAGACAGAUAGACAGCUGUUUAUGGGAUCAGUUGAUUGACAGAUACAACACAGAUGUUGAUGGUGUCGUCACUAUCAUCGAUAAUAUAGACAUAUAUAUCAUGAAACAGGAGAUAAUCAAAGACAACCGAUAUUAUACUUUGAAUAACUUGGCUCUCAACCCGUGGAACAAUCAUAGACAAGGUGUCUAUGGACCGGGUGGUUACGGUUAUGGUGGUUAUGGCGGUUAUGGCGGUUAUGGCGGUUAUGGCGGUUAUGGCGGUUAUGGCGGUUAUGGCGGUUAUGGCGGUUAUGGCGGUUAUGGCGGUUAUGGCGGUUAUGGCGGUUAUGGCGGUUAUGGUGGUUAUGGAUUGUCAUACAAUUUAAAUAAUAAUCCACUUGUCAUAAACCCAUUAUCACUAAAUUUGGGUUUCAAUCCGUAUGGUUUCAAUGGCAUAGGAUAUGGACUUAAUGGAUAUAAUCUAAACUCUGGAUUGAGUGGAGGUUAUGGCUUAGGCUACGGAUUAGGUGAUAAUGGUUUUGGAUAUGGUUUAGGGGGUAAUGGACUCGGAUAUGGUUUAGGCAGUAAUGGACUCGGAUAUGGUUUAGGCGGUAAUGGACUCGGAUAUGGUUUAGGCGGUAAUGGACUCGGAUAUGGUUUAGGCGGUAAUGGACUCGGAUAUGGUUUAGGCGGUAAUGGACUCGGAUAUGGUUUAGGCGGUAAUGGACUCGGAUAUGGUUUAGGCGGUAAUGGACUCGGAUAUGGUUUAGGCGGUAAUGGACUCGGAUAUGGUUUAGGCGGUAAUGGACUCGGAUAUGGUUUAGGCGGUAAUGGACUCGGAUAUGGUUUAGGCGGUAAUGGACUCGGAUAUGGUUUAGGCGGUAAUGGACUCGGAUAUGGUUUAGGCGGUAAUGGACUCGGAUAUGGUUUAGGCGGUAAUGGACUCGCAUAUGGUUUAGGUGGUAAUGGAUUCGCAUACGGAUUAGGCGGUAAUGAAUUCGGGCAUGGCUUAGGCGGUAAUGGAUUUGGAUACCAAUCUAGUAAUAGUGGACUCGGAUAUGGUUUAGGCAGUAAUGGACUCGGAUAUGGAUUAGGCGGUAAUGGAUUCGGAUACCAAUCAAGCAGUAAUGGAUUCGGGUAUGGUUUAGGCGGAAAUGGAUUCGGUUAUGGUUUAGGCGGUAAUGGAUAUCAAGUAGGAGGUAAUGGAUACCAAUUAGGCGGUAAUGGACUUGGAUUUGGUAAUAAUUGGUAUAAUCCCCUAACAAUUAAUCCAUUAGCACUUCAUCUUGGUUUUAAUCCCUAUGGUUUGAGUGCUUCAUCUUAUUCUUAUAAUUAUUAG